AAAUUAGUGCUGCCAACUUGCGAUGAGAGCUCCCGUGAUAUGCCAGUGUUACCAGAUGGCUAUUAUAGUUUUAGUUCCCUGUGAAUACCAAAUACGCACAAUUGUUUUGAGUGAUGCUCAAGCUAUAGAAAUGGAAAAGCUGAUUACACCCCCCAACCAGAUUGGACAUCUAAUACUAAAGGAUGAUGGAGCUGUUCUUGAAUCUGGCGGCGAGCUGAAAAAUGAUGAGCGCAGCGCAAACGUCAUAAUGGGUUUACUGAAUCUGACUGAAAGUAUUGAUGAGAAUUUCAUGCCCAACAGUAGCUGUGAACGCAUCACAAUUGACUAUGAGGAGCACAGUUAUAGUAUUUGCUUGUCGAACAAACGCAUUUAUGUGGUAAAGUUGAGCAAAACUCACAGUGGCAAUGGUGCAACAACCAGUUCCCCCUCCUCGACUACAUACAACGACACGGAGUUUGUCGAAGGCAACAACGCUAGCAGUUCAACCGUGCUAGCUUGAAAACGAGAGCACAGCGCAUGUUGCCGUUUUUGUUUGAGGCAUUCGCAGGAACGGCAUACGCGGCCCUAUAAUUGGAGAACUCCCUUUAUCUAUAUUUUACUUCUUUUUAUUUGUCAAAGAAUACAUCAUCUGUGAGCUCUUGUUCGAA